AUGAGCGAUAAUCAGGCAGCGCUAGCGCCAAAGGAAUCAUCAACAAAUUGCGAGUGUACGCCACAACAGCAACAACAACAACAACAGCAGCCAGCAGCAUUGCAACCGUCGUCGGCAUCCCUUGGCGCCACAGUUGCUGCAGCUGGUUGUGCCACAAAUGUUGUAACCAUACCGGUGCCCAUUCUCCAAACCGAGGGUAAUUUUGCAUACGUCACCGUUAAGGGUUCUCUACACGAUUAUACGUGCACCGUUUUUGGCCUAAAUCAGGCCGAAGUGCAGGCGUUAUCCACGAGACUCUCGGUCAAGCCGUGUGUGAAUGGUGUGCUGAUCCCAGUGCCACCGAUGGUGAUGCUGAACACCCUGGCACAGCUCAGCUACAAGGUUGUCUGCAGUUGCGGCGAGGCCGAAAUCUGUUGGACUAUGCAACGUGAGGUUUAA